AGUUUUCGUCGUUUUCGUUUCGUGCGUUGAGGUCGAAGUUGAUAACGUGAUCCGUCACGAUCCAAGACAGGAUCUUGGCAGGAUCCAUUCCAAGAAAUUCCUACCAAGAUGUCACUGAAGGAACUUUUUGAUCACAUCAGCAAUGAUGACCUGGAGGCCGCAAAGGCACUUCUGGCAGGAGGCCAAGUGAAGGUCAAUGAUGCCGAUGAGCAUGGCAUGUCUGCCCUGCAACAUGCCAGUUUUAAGGGCCUGCCCAAGAUGUGCCAGAUGCUUCUGGACCAGGGCGGCGACGUCCACUGGGACGGCCACGAGCACGGCUACACGGCUCUGCACUUUGCCGCGCUGUCGGGCAGCGAGCCGACCGUCCGCUGUCUGCUGGCCGCCGGCGCGCGGACGGACCGCACCAACUCAGUUCACCGCACUCCGGCCCAGAUGGCUGGCUUUGUCGGUAACCACCGUGUGGUGGCGCUGAUAAACAACUUCAUCCCCCGGGAGCUGAUUGACUACUACACGGUGGCGCGGGGCCAGGAGACGGAGCCCAAAUUGCUGCCCUCGUUGGCGGCGCCCACACACCACCUCCUCAUGCAGGUGAAUCUGCACCCUGUACACAUCGUCAACGUGCUCCGUCAGUCGGCCCAGCUCUUCAGCCACCUGACACGCGUCUCACGGGUCCUGGAGCUCAUUAGCGAACGCGAGGUGCGCAAACCCUCGGGCGGGAACGACGUGCUGGCCGUCAAGGCACACUACCUCUCCUGUGUUCUACGCUCGCUCGACGAGGCACGGCGGGCCGAGCUGAAGAAGCUGGGCAGCGGGGAGGGCGAGGUGACCGAGGUCGACCAGAAGGAGCUGGCAGAAAAGGUGUACAGCCACAUGAGCCGCGCCUGGCUCCGCUGUAACGACUCCAUGGUGGAGGAGUACCAGGAAAACUACCUGCGCGGCUGUAUCAAGAGCUUCCCGUGUCGCGAGACGCCGCUCUUUCAGCAGCUGGUGGCGAAUCUGGCGCGCGCGCCGCCGGCGGCCGUAGAGACCAGCGCGCUGGGUCUCCUCUCGGCGGCCAUCAACGGCCAGCGCGCCUUCCAGGACGAGAAACAGUGCUUCGCGUGCGGCGAGGAAGGCGCCACCAAGCGGUGCGCGCAGUGCCGCGGCGUGCAGUACUGCGGUCGGGAGUGUCAGCGCGUGCACUGGUUCACACAUAAAAAGUUCUGCGCGGUGCUGAAGCAGCGAGUGAUCGAACAGGAGCGGCGGGCGGCGGCGGCGGCGGCUGCUGAGGCUGCUGCCACGGCCGGCGGGGAGGCGGCAGCGCUGCCGGCCGCAGACGGGGCGGCCACCGUGCCCGAGGGCGAAGACGAUGACCCCGGGCAGGGGCCGGCGCAGGCCGCCGGGCAGGGAGCGGCACAGGACGCCGGGCAUGGAGCGGCACAGGCCGCCGGGCAGGGAGCGGCACAGGACGCUCCUCUGAACCAGCCUGUCGCCGGUGAGGCCCGGUAGUGUGUCCAGGACUGGACGGUGUCAUUUCGUUGUAAUGUGUCAGUGUCAUCUGUGUGCGGCGCGAUCUGCACUCAGUGUUUGAUGGUAAAACCGGUACGUGCGAGCAGAGAUAUUGUGACCGGCCAUAUUUCAUGUGUCAACACUUCCAAGCGGAAUUGUCAGGCUGUUGUGAUGGUCACUAAAAAUGCAGCCAAAGUUCUAGAAGCGGCAUUUGACAACGUGGGGCAUCCUGCGUGGCUUCCUGAACGCUGCGACUGAACCAUGUGAAUGUGCUGAUUGUGUCACGCUUGAUGUUCGUAUGUGUAAAGAGCGCAGAGGUGCGUGCCUGCCGAGUAUAUGUAGGUCGAAGUCAGCACCCGCGAUGAUCUUCAGAACUGACUUACCAGUGACCGUGCUAGGGAAAAUGACAGAUUCGUGCUGUUGUUCCCGGCAUUUGCGGGUCAUUCACCUGCCCGUACUUGUAUGUAGACCGGCCAACUGCAAUAUACGGUCACCCAUUCGUUGUGAAA